UGGAUUGUGGGAAGUCACAGGUGGAUUCUGGGAAACUACAGGUGAAAAGUUAAAGGUGGAUUAUGGGACGUAACAACAGUUUAUUCUUUUUAUAUACAGUCUACGAUUCUAACGUACAACGUACGUGAAUUCGUUUUUGUGCGUAUUGUGUUUACACGCAUGUUCCUGUUAGCAUCGUUAGCUUAGCUGAAAGGUCACAGGUCACGGAACAGCGGCUGAAUCUGCGGUUUCAGGUGUGUUUUCUGUGACUCGUGUUACCAGGACAACCGGAUCCACGGGAAAUAUGAGCCGAUGUUUCCUCAAGGAAGUGACACGUCACCCGGAGAUCGUUAAUUGUUUGAAUAGUCUUUAGUCUGAGAUUUCACAAGUAAGGAAACGUUAAAUUCUCAGAUUUUUAAAUGUAGUUUGGUGGAAGGACGUUUGUUACACAGGCAACAUCCCAAAUUCUUAUUGUUGCUUCACUGCUGACAACAACACAUGGAAAUGACUUUACCUGGAAUUUAAAAAGGCUGUGCUCCCUGCGAGACGCCAUGUUCCCUGUCGACUCUCCAGAUGUGAACGACACUGACCUGACAUCAGCGUCUGAACAGUAUCUCUCUUCUCUGGAGUCCAGACCUUCUGGUGACGACUGGUUUGAGUUGUCACAGACGUCAAAGGUGGAGAUAACGUCGAACAGCGUGAGGCUGCUGCGGCUGUUUGAGGAGGACGGACCUGACGCUGCGCUGCUGGCACUUCAUCCUCCUGAUGAUCCAACACAAGUUGUGGCUUUGUACCUGCGUGAGAAGUGGUGGCGUGUGGAUGACAUUUUACGGACGUCCAGUAAAUCCAGAUGUGGUUUGUUGUUGGUGCAGUCGCUCAUGGAGAGGCUCAUCGUGUUCCUGCUGAGUCAGGUAGUGGAGAGGUCUUCACAGGAGGGGGCGCUGUUCUCCCUGCAUCCCUGCACCGAGAGCUGCAAACUGCUGUGGACGGACAGCCGGGCCGUCGGCUUCUACUCCGUCAAACACAAAGGCAGCCUGUGCGACGGCCGGAGCGCUCGCUGUUACCUGCUGCCCGUCCUGGACACCGUGCUGGUGAGGAGGAGCAGGAGGAGGAGGGGCUCUGCUCUUCAGAUGCUUCAGGAUUUCUGCUCCUCGUUCGCCACAGAGGAGUUCCUGGGACUCAGCGCUCCGUUGUCACCCAGCAUGGCGGCAGUGUGCAGGAAGUUCCUGCAGCAGCACGAGGAUCACCGGGAGCGUCUGUACGAGGUGGAGGCGCCGGGCGGCUGGGCUCAACGCAGAAACAUCUGGCUCAACAUCCAGCUCGGACGCUACUCCCUCAGUACAGAUGAUGUUUAAAUCUGUUGUGUUUAGAUGUGUUUAAGAAUUCCAUCCUCAUGCUACAAGACUCAAAACACUUCCUGAAGAUUCCAGUGUGUUCUGUGCUUAUCUACAGUUAAUUCUACUUUUAUUUUUUUUAUUUUUUUAGACCACAAUAAAUAUAUGAAUUCUAUAUUUAUACAUUUAGAUUUAUAUUAAUUAGUGGGCUUUAGAGGUGCUGACAGAGUCUGACAGAGUAUGUUUACCUCUGUUUCCAUUCGUUAUGCUAUGGACAGGUGUGAACAUCAAUUAACUCUUGGAAAGAAGGCAGCUGUUCAUUUGACCUAAAAUCUAUUAUAAUAAAAGUAUUUAAUCAAUAUAUGUGUAGAUGCACAUUUUUGCCUCGUGAUGUGAAAGACAUCUGCCAUUCUGCCUGGAUGAAAAGAUGCAAUAUGAAAAUACCUGGGUCCAAAAAUAAAGACAUUACAUUUUGCUCUUUCUUUUGCUCCUCUCAUUGAGGAAACAACAAGAGGAGCAAAAGAAAGAGUUGGAAGAGGAGAGGAAACUAAUGGAGGAGGAGGAGGAGGAGAAAGGACUCAAUGACAAUAAGAAACAAGAGUUUAGAACUUGGACUUCGAGUUUCUCAUGACAGGAGGUGAUGAUCCAUCC